AUGAGGAUUCUGAAACCGGAUUUGAAGAUAACUGAUCUUGAUUUUGAUGAUGGUAUAAGUUGUAGUGACAAAGUCAUCCUACGUUCAAUCUCAGCUCGACUCCGCUGGUAUUUGGAUUCUCGGCUUUCGAUCUUUUUUCCCUUGUCUAUAUUAGGCAGAGACACUUUACCUAAAGAAAUUAUUGGUCCAUUUGAAUUUGGUGAAUUUAGAGAAAUUGAAAAGAGUUUAGAUAGUAAUGAAAUGUUAGAAGAAGGAAAAGCAUUACUUGAAAUUUUUAGAAAAAAUAAAAACAAGAUUCCUUAUUGCAAAA